CCAUGCUCAAAUGUCAAUUCCGCAAAAUUAUACUAGUAUUAAUGUCAAUUCUUAAAAUUUUAUAAAAAAUAAAAAAUAAAAAAUAAAAAAUAAAAAAUAAAAAAGGAAAAUCGAGUGUGCCCUGAGAAGUAGUAGAACGGAACCAGCCAGAACCCUCGCGACCCAAAACCCUAGCUCUGUAGGCGUCCGUACAUCCCUGGCAAUGGAAGUCAUGGAGAUCGAUACUCCGAACCCACAAGUGAAAGACGAAGACCUCUUCAAAGCGGCUGAGUCUGGUGAUUCUUCGAUUUUCAAGUCUCUCUCGGAAGAACAGCUUCUCAAAGCUCUCUCUCUCAGGAACGAGGACGCUCGUUCUCUUCUUCACGUCGCCACUUCUUCAGCUCACCCCGAGGUGGUGAAGAUAUUAUCAGCUGUUGACCCGUCAGUUAGUGGUAUAAACAGCGCAGAUGAAGAAGGUUGGGUGCCAUUGCAUUCUGCUGCUAGUAGUGGGAAUGGAGAAAUUGUGAAGAUUUUGGUCGAAAGAGGAGCUGAUAUUAAUUUGAAAAAUGAUGGUGGUCGCACUGCUCUUCACUAUGCUGCUAGCAAGGGUUGGUUGAAUGUAGCUGAAAUUCUGCUUUCACAUGGUGCAAAGCUUAAUCUGAAGGACAAGGUUGGUUGCACCCCAUUGCAUCGCGCAGCUAGCACUGGAAACUCAGAGUUGUGUGAACUCUUAAUCGAGGAAGGAGCAGAGGUUGAUUCUCUUGAUAGAGUGGGUCAAACACCUCUAAUGAGUGCUGUGAUAUGCCAAAACAAAGAGGUUGCUCUCCUGAUGAUAAGACAUGGAGCAAAUGUGGAUGUGGAGGACAAGGAAGGAUACACUGUGCUUGGUCGAGCUUCGGUUGAUCUUAGACCAAUAUUGAUUGAUGCUGCCAAGGCCAUGCUUGAAGGAUGAACUUUGUGAAAAGAAUAAUGAUUAAACUGUGCAAGUGAGGUGUGCGCGCGCGCGCUUGGUACAAGUAUGUUCGUGGAUAAGUUCUGUUGAUUUAUUACCAAAAUGAAAGGGAAAAAAGUGAAGAAUGAAACUAAUUUUUGGAUUGUUCUGUGUCAGAGAACUAUGUUCUUUCUGAACAUAAGUGCUAACAUGUUGAUUCACACCUUUUUUUUCAGCUUCAAAAAAUAAAAAUACUUUUGCCUUUUUUAA